GCACUUUUCACUAGUUAGGACAUCUGAAAUUUCAGUCGCUCGAAAUGGCUCGUACUAAGCAAACCGCACGAAAAUCCACCGGUGGCAAGGCGCCCCGCAAACAGUUGGCCACCAAAGCCGCUCGCAAGAGUGCCCCGGCCACUGGAGGAGUCAAGAAACCCCAUCGUUAUCGUCCCGGUACCGUCGCCCUUCGUGAAAUCCGUCGCUACCAAAAGUCGACCGAGCUUCUGAUCCGCAAGUUGCCAUUCCAGCGCUUGGUCAGAGAAAUCGCCCAGGAUUUCAAGACCGACUUGCGUUUCCAGAGCUCGGCAGUCAUGGCCCUGCAGGAGGCCAGCGAGGCUUACUUGGUGGGUCUUUUCGAAGACACCAACUUGUGCGCCAUCCACGCCAAGCGAGUCACCAUCAUGCCUAAAGACAUCCAACUCGCCCGCCGUAUCCGUGGUGAACGUGCUUAAGCCGAUUGAUUCCCUUCUACCAACAAAUCGGCCCUUUUCAGGGCCACCAAAA